AUGGGUCCCAAGAAAGCCAGCGGACAAUCUCCUAAAAGGACGACUGCUGGCUACCUCAAACGGACGGCAGCUGGCUACCUCAAACGGACGGCAGCUGGCUACCUCAAACGGACGGCAGCUGGCUACCUCAAACGGACGGCAGCUGGCUACCUCAAAUGGACGACAGCUGGCUACCUCAAACGGACAACAGCUGGCUACCUCAAACGGACGGCAGCUGGCCACCUCAAACGGACGGCAGCUGGCCACCUCAAACGGACGGCAGCUGGCUACCUCAAAUGGACGGCAGCUGGCUACCUCAAAUGGACGGCAGCUGGCUACCUCAAAUGGACGGCAGCUGGCUACCUUAAACAGAGGACUGGCUGUAUGGUGAAUGAUUUACACAUUUUGAUAAGGUCUUCAUUAUGCAAAAUAUAG